UGCCCGUUUGGCCAGGUCUACGCACGCGCCAGAGAGAGGGAGAGAGAGGCGCGAGACGAGCAGGCGGCGCAAAGCCAUCCGACGGCUUCCCUCCAACUGUAGCACGUCGCGCGCCGCCGGCUCCCCCCUACAGCUUGCCCCCGACGCCCCCGACGACGGAAUCGGUAGCGCGGCGCGACCUUCCACACAGCCAGCCAGCGGGAAGCAUUGCGGGUGCGGCCACCGGACGCCACUCGCCAAAUUCCCAAUCAGCCGUGCCUGCAGGUAUCAAAGAUUUAGAGGCUCCGCGGGACUGUGAGAAAUGAAGAAGAGCAUGGACUUGAAAACGUUGUGGGACAGAGCUUCCAAGAAAAGCAAGGUUGCCUCCACCUCAACGCCAAAACCCGCACCGAUUAUAGUUGAAAGCCGGUCUCGGAACCAAGGCAACCCUUCCCCAUCAGACGGGCUGCAGGUGGUACCGGACGAUGAUAAAUCUGGUGACGACGAGUCCAUUGCCUCAAACGCUAAGCAGUUGCAGGCCGAGGCCGAGGCUUUAUAUCUGUCCCAUUUGACCACUUCUGUCCACUGCCUGAGGUUCAUCUUACAGCAAGGCUUGCCAGUCCAUGGACAUCUUGAAAAUGAAGGUAAUGCAGGGAAUUUUCUUGAGCUUGUGGAUUGGCUGGCGGAAAAUAUUGAAGGAGUUAAAAGGGUGGAUCUGAAGGAUGCUCCAAGAAGCAGCGAGCUGUUGGACCAAAAGGCACAGGAGCAGGUCAUCAACGCUUGUGCCAAAGAAACGACUAGGCUCAUCAUCGAAGAUCUUGGUGAUGGUUAUUUCUCGGUGCUUGUUUAUGAAUCUCGCGAUGUGGAACAACAGGAACAAUUGGCCAUUUGCCUGCGCUAUGUUGGUACAAAAGGAAUGGCAGUGGAAAGGCUCCUCGGUAUCGUCGGAGUUGAAGACACUACCCCUUUGACAAUUAAAACAACAAUUCAGAAUCUGCUUACGUCACACUCUCUGAGCUUUUCUAGGGUCCGUGGGCUGGGAUAUGAUGCGGCUUGUGCCAUGAAGGGUUAUGAUAAUCGUCUGAAGAAACUAAUUGUGGACGAGGCCCCUUCUGCUUAUUAUGUUCAUUGCUUUGCCCAUCAACUUCAGGUAAAUAUGGUUGCUGUUGCUAAGCAGAAUGUUCACGGUGGUUGGUUCUUUUAUCACCUUCAAUAUUUGAUGGAUUUUCUUGUGAUGUGCUGCGAAAAGAUACGAAUGCUUGGAGUAGCUCAAGCUGAGUAUAUCAUCGAAACAUUUGAAUUGGAAGAAACUGAAGCUGAAUAUGGUCUUGAUCGAGAGAGCCUGGGAACGCCUUGUGAUACUCCUCGAGGAUCUCGCUAUGAAAAUGUGAUGCAUGUUAUCUCUUUAUAUCCUGCAAUUUGGGAAAUUCUCUGUAUGAUUGGGGAUGAGCACAGUGGCAUAAAAUCACUACGAGCUCAACAGGUGUCUUAUGCAUUCGAGACAUUUGAGUUUGUCUUUAUAGCACACUUGCUGCAAACCAUAUUUGAGUAUACGGAUGACUUAUGCAGUGCUUUACAAAAGAGGGAUCAAGAUAUUGUUAAUGCCAUCGAUCUUGUUAGCGUGACAAAGAAACGGUUGCAGUUACUGCAGGAAGAUGGUGAAUGGGAAAGGUUUCUUCAGAAGGUCACCUCUUUUUGUGUGAAACAUGACAUCGAACUUGUGGACAUGCAUGGUUUGUAUGACCCGGUCGGGAGAUCUCCAAAGUUCUACGAAAAGGCCACGAAUCUUCAUUACUACCACGUUGAUAUGUUUUUGGAUGUCAUUGGUAGUCAACUUCGAGAACUUGAUGGCAUGUUUGAUGAGGUCAACACGGAGUUACUGAUUUGCAUGGCAGCAUUCAAUCCCGUCAACUCAUUUGCUGCUUAUGAUGAGGAAAAGCUGGUUAAGCUUGCCAACUUUUAUCCCGAGGAUUUUUCACAGUGUGAGUUGUUGCAUCUUCCCUUCCAACUUUCAAACUUCGUUGAUGAUCUGCGUCUAGACGAAAGGUUUAGAGAAGUGAAGACUCUUGCGGAGCUUUCUAUCAAGCUUGUUGAAACAAGGAAGGACCGUGUUUACAACAUUGUCUACAGGCUUCUCAGGUUGGCGCUAAUCCUUCCUGUAGGGACCGCCAGUGAUGAGAGGGACCUAUCUUCAGUGAAUUACGUGAACAAUAAGGCGGAGAACAAGCUGUCGGAGCAAUGCGCGAAUGAUUGCUUGGUUACAUGUCUUGAGCGAGAAACCUUUGGGCAAGUGAAGGACGAUGCCAUCAUAUCUCGCUUCCGAGCUGUGAAUAACCGCUAGGACGUGUUGCGAUUUUUAUCUACUACGUAGUUUGAAUUCUCUGUAUCAGUUGAACGAACUAGCCUUGAACCUUCAUAUUUUCUUUGCUGUUGAGUAGUCUGUGAACCUUUUAUGUUACUGUGAACAAGCUGUCAAUCUUCAUGUGCAUACCAUUUUGAUUUGCAUGCGUGUUCAUAAUCA